AUGUCGAUAUUCACGGCGCAAGAAGAGCACGCCAAUCCGGCCGUCCACAUCGACGAGCAAAUCCUAGCAGAUGCUCGAGUGUUCUCUUCCAUGAGCCGGGAUCAACAGAUCAUCCAGGGCCUAUCCAUCGCGACCAAUAUCAACAACAACCUCAUUGUCCUCAACUCGAAGUUCGAUGCCCUCAAGUCUGACGUCGCUGCCAUCAAGUCUGACGUCGCUGCCAUCAAGUCUGACGUCGCUGCCAUCAAGUCUGACGUCGCUGUCCUCAAGUCUGACGUCGCUGUCCUCAAGUCUGACGUCGCUGUCCUCAAGUCUGACGUCGCUUCUGACGUCGCUGUCAUCAAGUCUGACGUCGCUGUCCUCAAGUCUGACGUCGCUGCCAUCAAGUCUGACGUCGCUGCCUUCGACUUCACCUCUCAAAGACUCAAAGACGAGGUCCAUGAGAUCAAGACAGGCAUUCACACAAAGGCCUCCGCCAGCGAGGUUAACACGUCACGGCGCUUAGCAAAUCGGCAGUCUAUUAAGAACCAUCUUGGUCCUGUGCUGCCUCAAGCUCCUCUCCAUGCCCUGAUCGAUCCCACUACGCUUGUCGACAUCAACGGGUUCCCCAGCACUCAUCAAGCGUUUUAG